AUGCCGCCGACACCUCCAGCAAACAGCUCACGAGCAAGGAUGGUGUUGCUGGAACAACAACGAAGGGACAACAAUGAUUCACCCACCCUCGGCUCGAAACACAGGAUAUCUGAUGCGCCACAGCUCCGUCCAACACCGUUGAAGCUGCGGAAAAAGAAGUUUGUUGCAUCCAAUCGACCACCGACAACGCUCUCCCCAAUCUUCGGCCCCGACCCGGUCCCAAACAUAGUUCAAGAAAAAGAAGAUGACACCUUGCCGCCGCAGCCCGCCACUGGGCCUACUCCGGAGAAAUCAGUGCCGUUUCCGGCAGCAUCGUUAUCCCUGCCAUCGGUGUCACCAUCACCAGAGCCUGUCUCUCCAUUUACCCACUUUCCCGACGUUGAGGAUCAAGACUCCAACAAGGCGACCAGUGAAUGCUCGUCGCCGGUCAAAAGUACCUGCUCCCGGACAAGCCAGUGGUUAGAUGGAGAUGGCAAGAUCGACCGCAAAAAGCUCUCCAUGUAUCUUAGCGGCGUUCUUGACCCUUCAUUCGAAAUCAUCGGAGAGUCUCUGAAUCAAUCUUUACUUCCGCCGGACUAUCCUAAAAGCCCACUUCGAGAGCACGAUGGCGCCCGUGGAAAUAAGUCGUGGCGAUUCUCCCACGUAUUCAAUGACACACGGCACUCUUACCGACCGGCCUCGGCCCACGUUGACACUCCUCCAAUUCCCAAGACCUACUGCCGUUGUCCCGCAGGGGUGGUCAUUUGCCAAUGCUACUCAUCCCAGGAAUUCGAACACUUUCGGCGAGGCCAAGAUCACAAAGCCAAUCCUAGUGUUAGCUCCACGACAUGCUUUCUUUCUGUCCCCCGGGCACGUUUCCGUUCGACGCUAGGCGAUCUUGAAGAGGCGGAUACACCCUCAUCUCCACCAGCGUUGAUGUAUGACUCUGAUGAAAGCGAGGAAUUUGACUGGUCACUCCCCAACUCGCCCACAUUUGAUGAACGACGGCUUCAGUACCAGCAAACUCCAACACCACUUCCUCGACAGUCCAGUAUGUGGAGACCGCCCGUUCCAUCAUUUUCUUUGCCAUUCUCCAAUGGCAAACAAAUCAGGCCCCGGUUUUACCAGGAUAGAAAUUCUGCGUUGCCGGGGGAAGAGCAGACAUCGCCCUCAUCCACCAUUCCCACGCUGGCGAGUAUCUCAACUGUUUCGACCUUCACCUUCGACUUCGGUGGGCAGGAUGAUGAGACCGAAUAUGAUCCCUUUGAUGACAUCAGUCAACCGGGUGAGAUCAAGACUUGGGAACCCAUUCGAAAGGCAAAGCCAACGUUAGUGCACUGUCGAGGCCCGUCGCCCCAGUCUAUCAAAUACGGAUAUGACAAUCGGUCCAAGACACCAAGUGGGGGAGCGUAUUCAUCCACUCAAGACGGCAGGUAUGGUACAAUCUACGUAUAA